GUCAUACAUGUGGUUUUCUAAAGAGAAAGCAGAAAUCCCAAAAUACUUGGAAUUUAACAUAGCUGAAAAUUAAAGUGAAGCAAUCAUAAGACUAUGGCAGACCUACAAGGCAGGUUGUUGUUAGCUCUGAAAGAGAAAAAUAUUGUAAACUCUGAAGAUUUAGCUCGAGAAUUGCAAGAAGAUCACCAAAAAAUUGUUGGAGCAAUCAAAAGUUUACAGACACAUUAUGGGAUUAUAAAUGCAGAACCUAUAAAUAAAACAAGAUGGCAGUUAAGUGAUGAAGGAGAAGUUGUAGCUAAGUAUGGAAGUCACGAGGCCAGGGUAUAUAAUGCUGUACCACAACAGGGUAUCACUAGAGAGGAACUACUGAAAUCUGUUCCUCAGUACGGUGAAAUUGGUUUCAGUAAGGCAAUGCAGGAGAAAUGGAUAGAAAUUAAUAACCAAAAGGUGUAUAGGAAGAUUGAUAGAAUAGAUGAUAAAAUACAAAGUAUGUUAAAGAAAGUACAGACAGGUAACAUCAAUGAUCUAUCUGAUGAACAAAAAACAGAAUGUAAGAAAAGAAAGCUCAUCAAUGAAGGUAAAAUGACAGUAUAUAAAGUUAGCAAGGGAGAGAUGUUUACACUAGAUAUAGAGAGACUAGAAACAGAAUUAACUCCAGAGAUGAUUGCUAAUGGUACCUGGAGAGAUAAGAAGUUCAAGUCAUAUGAUAUGGAUGCUUUAGGUAUACCACCAGAUGCUGGACAUCUCCAUCCAUUACUGAAAGUCAGGACAGAAUACAGACAAAUCUUCUUAGAGAUGGGGUUUACAGAGAUGCCAACAAAUAACUUCAUAGAAAGUAGUUUCUGGAAUUUUGAUGCACUCUUCCAGCCUCAGCAACACCCUGCCAGAGACGCCCAUGACACCUUCUUCAUAUCAGAGCCACAUGAUGCCAACAUAAAUAUGAUACCGAAAGACUAUUUACAACGUGUAAAGAAAGUACAUUCUGAAGGAGGAUAUGGAUCUCAAGGGUACAAAUAUGAUUGGAAAAUUGAGGAUUCCACAAAAAAUAUACUGAGAACUCACACAACAGCUGUCAGUGCUAGAAUGCUGUAUAAAUUAGCUCAAGAGAAAGACUUCAAACCAGUGAAGUACUUUUCAAUAGAUAGGGUCUUCAGGAAUGAGACAACAGACUCCACACAUUUAGCUGAGUUCCAUCAAAUCGAAGGACUGGUUGCUGAUAGAGGAUUAACACUAGGAAAUCUGAUGGGAGUUAUUAAUGAAUUCUUCAAAAAGCUUGGUCUGACUAAACUUCGCUUCAAACCAACAUACAAUCCUUACACUGAGCCAAGUAUGGAGAUAUUCAGCUUCCAUGAUGGCUUGAAGAAGUGGGUAGAAGUUGGAAAUUCCGGUGUCUUUAGGCCAGAGAUGUUGUUGCCCAUGGGCUUACCUGAAGAUGUAUCUGUUAUAGCAUGGGGACUUUCUCUUGAGAGACCAACCAUGAUAAAGUAUAAGAUACAGGAUAUCAGAACAUUAAUAGGACCUAGAGUAGAUCUACAGAUGGUUUAUAAUAACCCAUUGUGUAGAGUGGAAAAGGCAGCAAUCUAAAUAUAUGACCUUAAAGCAUGAGUCUUUAUAAAAAUUCAGACUGUCUCUAAUUAGACAUGUGUAAUUAGGUGUGAUGUAUUAUUGUCUUUCAUGUAUUAACAUUUCAUAAACUGAAUUGUUAAGUUGUGUUUUGUGUUGCAUACACAAUGUUAACUAUGUAAAUAUUUCUAUAUAAUUUUCUAGAUGUAAAGACAAAAAAAAAGAGUGAAAUCGCUAAUUCUGUAUAAAAAAUCAAGGAAAAAUCACAAGCCAAUGUCUUACAUGUAAUUAUUGUGUUGAAAUGUACCUACAUCAUCUUAUUCCAAUGACGGUAGAGAGUUGGAACAAUUUUGACUGUUUUAUCACUAUUGAUGUGAAGAAUAGUAGAGAUUAAAAACAUUUCUUUAGAUAAUGGCAAAUUUACAUUCCCUUAGAUUGCUUUAUAGACCUUAUCUUCAAUUUGCUUUAUGUAAGGGAUUUAUAGUAUGUCACUGCUCAGUAUAAUGAUCUAUGCUGCUUGAGUAGAACUUCUUAUUUUUUCAACCAGAACAUUAUGUAUUGUACAUAGACCAUUUAGAAUUCAAACAGAAUAUGUUGGUGAUUCUCCAAGACUUCAUUGAAACAAUAAAAUUACUCUUAUUUGACAUUUCUGCCAGAUAACAAAUCAAUGUCAUUUUACAAAAAAAUUUAAAACAAUUGUUCAAACAAUAUAUUGAGUAAUGUUUGGUUCCAUUAAUAAAAUUGUUUUAUGAUAAGUUAACAGUAUAUUCAUGGUAAUUCUGUCUAUAAUUGAUCUUCAAACUAUAGUUGAUUUGACAUUUGACAUUUGCAGUAAAUAUCUUAGCUGGUAAAUUUCAUUACUUAUAUUUUGUACUUUUUAAAUAAACUGUCACUGAUAGUACAUUUUGGUGUAGUAUGAAUAAACAUGUAGAUAUCUAUA